CUAAGGCUCAGAGAGAUUUUAAAACUUGCUUAACAGAUAAUAAAUGUCUAAGGUGAGAUUGGAAUCCUCUCUGUCUGACUCAAAACCUGGCUUUUAACCAUUCUGUUGGAUUUCUGAACUAUGGUAAAUCACUUCACUGUAAGUAGGUUGUAUUAUAGGUUUUAUAUCUAUCUACCCAUCUGUCUUUCCUCUUUUUUUUUUGGACUGGGGAUUGAACCCAGGGCCUCAUGCUUUCCAGGUAAGCAGUCUACCACUGAGCCACAUCCCCAGCCCCCAUCUGUCUUUCCAACUCAGAUUUUUUUCAUUAUUUUCUUGCUGUUAAUAAUAUGAAUUUCCUUAAACUAUCUGUGAUUUAAACAAGAAUGAUCGAAUAUAAAAGAAUAAAAUCACUAAAAAUAAUACUACUUGAAUAAUUAGAUAAGGACUUUAAAAAUCCAUGCCAAUAGUACUAAAUUGUAAAAGCCACAAAAUGUCAUUUCAUGUGACAUCUGAUAAUGGCAAUCAAUGCUUCCACAUACUUGUAAGCUUUGUGGAAAUUCAAAUAGUUAUUUGUAGGUAUUUUAAGCUUACUGUUUUAGAACAAUCAUGAUGUUAAUUUUUUAACAAUUUGCACACCUUAAUUACUAGGAAUAAACUUUAUCAGCUCAUAAAAAGCUUCCCGAUUUAUACACAAGGCAAGGUAAAGAGAAAAAAUGAGAUGGGCCUUUUUAGCAGCAGUGACAGGAGACAUUGAGGAGAAUUAACAGCUUUUGACUUCACAGAGUGGGUGUGUGAUGGGCUCUGCUGUUGCAGUGAAGCAAUGACUAGAUGACUGACAAAAUUAUUGGAGGGAAUCUGUUAAUAAUAUUUAGCUCAGUAUUUAUAGAUUUCUGUACAACAUGCUUUUGAUAUCAUAUUGGAUUUGAAGUCAUAUUUUUAAAGUACUGUCAACUUUAUAAUUACCCUUUGGAGAAACAUAUUUGGUGGGAGGGAAAGCAAAAAUAAAAGCAAAACAGAACAAAACACCCCACUACUCCAACAGAACCAUUCCAAACAGCCAGUUCCAUAUCUUCUACAAUGUAGUUGCCAUUUGGUAGCUUAAUAGUUCUAACUUGGAAAUUGUCCAAACAUUCAGGUUGCUUGAAAAAAAAAGGAAUAUUGAGAAACAUUUUAUUUAUUUAUAUCUUAUUCUUUGUUGAGGUGCAGUGUUGUAUCAAGAUGAAGUAGCCAUUGUUAAUUUAAAGUUUUAGCUGGGACAUACUCAAGAUCAGAACAGUUGGCAGUGAAGCAAAAGAUGGCUUUGGGUAUUUGGCAAUGUGACAUUGAAGAUUACAACACAUAGAGUCUGUUCAAUAAUGACCACAUGUCCUUUCCAGCUGAUAUCUGUUUCAUGACUUUGAUAUAUGGCUUGGAGGUUAAGGUUUUAGGUAGACUUCAAGGAAUUGUUUUUUCAUUACCUUUAUUAGAUUUGUUUUCAAUUUAAUCAAGUGCAUUUCAAAUAAAUCAAGUAUGCCUCUGUACUCAUGAAUGAACAGAACAACAAAAUUCUGACUAAGAAUUUGGACACUGACUCCUUCAGGCUGUGUAGCUUCAUAACCCUGAAAAGUGGGAUGACACAUGAAUACCUUCUUUUUAAUUUAGAUAACUACAAGAAUUUUUUUCCCCUAGUGUUUUAACCUUAUAAUACAGGGAUGAAAUGGGAACAAAUGAAACAGACUUUUUUCUAAGGAUGACUUUGAAAGAACAGUCAAAAGGAGGAAAGCCACAGUGGUUGCUGGAGAUAAGAAAUGUGGUAAGCUUGGUGUCACAUGGUGGGAGGCGUUCCCAGAGUAGUUUGCCUGUCCAGGGAGCCAGUUCAUUUUGUGGCUGAUAGAGUUGCACUUUGGAAAAUACAUGGGUUCCUGUUUACUGAUUCAUUAUGGAUUAUACAGUGAGCAUGUUUUUGAACACAUUAACACCGAAGUUCUACGUGGCCCUGACUGGUACUUCUUCACUAAUAUCAGGGCUUAUUUUGAUAUUUGAAUGGUGGUAUUUUCGCAAAUACGGAACAUCGUUCAUUGAACAAGUCUCAGUAAGCCACUUGCGCCCCCUUCUGGGAGGGGUUGACAACAACUCCUCCAACAAUUCUAACUCCAGCAAUGGGGACUCAGAUUCCAACAGGCAGAGUGUCUCAGAAUGCAAAGUAUGGAGAAAUCCACUAAAUUUAUUUAGGGGUGCUGAAUAUAAUCGGUACACCUGGGUAACAGGACGAGAGCCUCUGACUUACUAUGACAUGAAUCUUUCUGCGCAAGACCAUCAGACGUUCUUUACUUGUGACUCGGACCAUCUGCGUCCUGCAGAUGCAAUAAUGCAGAAAGCCUGGAGAGAGAGAAACCCCCAAGCUAGGAUUUCUGCAGCCCAUGAAGCCUUGGAGAUAAAUGAAAUUAGGUCCAGAGUUGAAGUUCCCCUAAUUGCUUCCUCUACCAUCUGGGAGAUAAAAUUGUUACCAAAGUGUGCAACUGCUUAUAUUCUCUUGGCUGAAGAGGAAGCAACAACCAUUGCUGAAGCAGAAAAACUGUUUAAGCAGGCCCUGAAGGCUGGAGAUGGCUGUUACCGGCGUUCUCAGCAGCUACAGCAUCAUGGAUCCCAGUAUGAAGCCCAACAUAGACGAGACACCAACGUUUUGGUCUACAUCAAAAGAAGGCUAGCGAUGUGUGCCAGAAGGCUCGGGAGGACCAGGGAAGCAGUGAAAAUGAUGCGAGAUUUAAUGAAGGAGUUCCCUCUUCUGAGCAUGUUCAACAUCCAUGAAAAUCUUUUAGAAGCCCUUCUGGAACUUCAAGCAUAUGCUGACGUUCAGGCAGUCUUAGCAAAAUAUGACGAUAUAAGCUUACCAAAGUCGGCAACAAUAUGCUACACAGCUGCCUUGCUCAAAGCAAGAGCUGUCUCUGACAAAUUCUCUCCCGAGGCUGCAUCUCGGCGGGGGCUGAGCACAGCAGAGAUGAAUGCAGUAGAGGCCAUUCACAGAGCUGUGGAAUUUAAUCCUCACGUGCCAAAAUACCUACUAGAAAUGAAAAGUUUAAUCCUGCCCCCAGAACAUAUCCUGAAGAGAGGAGACAGUGAAGCAAUAGCAUAUGCAUUCUUUCAUCUCGCCCACUGGAAGAGGGUGGAAGGGGCUUUGAAUCUUUUGCAUUGUACGUGGGAAGGCACUUUUCGGAUGAUCCCUUAUCCCUUGGAGAAGGGGCACCUAUUCUAUCCAUACCCAAUCUGCACAGAAACAGCAGACCGGGAGCUGCUACCCUCUUUCCAUGAAGUCUCAGUUUACCCGAAGAAGGAGCUUCCCUUCUUUAUUCUCUUCACUGCUGGAUUGUGCUCCUUUACAGCCAUGCUGGCCCUCCUGACACACCAGUUCCCAGAACUCAUGGGGGUCUUUGCAAAAGCUUUCCUCAGCACUUUGUUUGCCCCCCUAAACUUUGUCAUGGAGAAAGUGGAAAGCAUCCUCCCAUCCAGUCUGUGGCACCAGCUGACGCGGAUCUGAGGGGAACCACCAUCCUUCAGCCUCCUCGCCCAGCUAGCUGCCACUGGCUCUUCUGUGCCAACUCCUCGUGGACUGCAAGAAAGCAUGACUUUGAAAAGGGAAGCCAUUCCGAGAUUUUAAAAUGUUCAUGGACUGUCUGUUCCAUAUUAAAAGCUGUUUUUGUUGUACAAAAUCCAUUGAUGUUCAGUUCUAUUUUAUUUUGCCUCCAGAAAAGAAGAAAAAAGUAAAAAAUAAACUUUUGUGUAUUGCAGCAA